UCCCAAGCCCGGAUGAGAAAAUGUGGAGGGAACCGUAACAGGCUCAGUUGCAUGAUUGGCAUUAUCUAUGUGACCAUAGCUCGAAGAGCGCUAUCUAGUGUAAAAUCAUGGCAAACUGAAUUAGUUUGUUUCAUUAGGGAUGAACGCAUCUCUUCGGUGUGUCCAGAAGAAACUUAUCUUGGAGGCAUUAUUUUCAAUGAUAUUUGCGAUGCAUAUGUUGGAUAAAGCUGUCCAGGACAUUCGAGGUACUUACUGUCUCAUUGUUGAAGCCACAAUUCAGCUAAACCAGAACUGGAGACCGAGGCCCUGUUUGUUUACAUUUGCUUAUUUUUAGCACCUAAUUAGGAGUACUAAACAUAGACUAUUUACAAAACCCCAUUACAUAAGUGGAGGCUAAACGGCGAGACAAAUCUAUUAAACCUAAUUAGUUCUAAACGGCGAGACAAAUCUAUUAAACCUAAUUAGUUCAUGAUUUGACAAUGUGUUGCUACAGUAAACAUUUUCUAAUGAUAUCCAUCAGGCUUAAAUAGAUUCAUCUCGCCGUUUAGCCUCCACUUAUGUAAUGGAUUUUAUAAAUAGUAUACGUUUAAUACUCCUAAUUAGUACCUAAACAUUCGAUGUGACACGUGCUAAAAAUAAGCAAAGGGAACCAAACACCCCCGAAACGUACAGAUACAUUUGCAAACCCUGCAUUCCAAGCUGGCUCUGUACGUUGGGGCAUGAUCGUGUUUUAGCAAGCAAGAAAAUCGAGUCGAGAAGGAACUUGUCAGGCUGAUGUAUCCACGCCAGCUGAAAUUUUUAGAGAAGUUUAUCAAACCUACGCAUUGAUCGCAAAAAACUGUCAAACGGAGACAAGUGUUUUAAACCGUGCAAUUAAACCACACCCCGAUGAAACAUUGCUCAUUGAUCUAGCUUCACAAGUCGGCUACUGCUUGCCCGCGCGUGCCCGUUACGGCGUGUCAUCGCCGGCGAGGCCUGAUCGCAGCCGACGGGGCGCACGGCGUCGUGGGACUGGAGCCGGGAGGGCUUGGGAGAGGAAGAGGUGAGAGAGUACCGAGGGAAAGAGAUGUCGGUUAAAUUGUGAGUCGAGCGGGCUGCAGUGCUGCACAAUGUGCGCGGUUGGAGGCCCAGCUAGCUCCAUUCAAGGACAAGAGCAGCAUUUCACGAAGCUAUUUUUUUGUGCUGCUGUAUAACGCUGCGACUGCGAUGCAAAUAAACUUUUUAAAAAACUGCAGAAGAGAAGAGGAGCGUAGAGCGGUAGGCCAAGGGUUGAAUUCUUCAAAUACUGCUUUGUGCUAAACUGCUAAUGCAGCAAUCUUACCAGUCCCUGAUGCUCGCAUAUGAACAUAGUCAACUAGGCAACAAUAUAUUAACGUCUCAAGGGGGGCAAAGAAGUCAAACUAAAAGACAAGACCAGGCCAAGUGGCAUGCCACCACAAGAAGCAAGAAAGAUCAAUCCAAUCACGAUGAGCAACCAAAAACCUCCCAACAGCGGCACCAACUAGAUCGUCCUUCCGGGCUUCCGGCCUCUCUUCUCCCUCUCCCCUCUCCGUCCGUGUCCUUCCCCGCCCCCACCACCCGUCCAACCAAACACGUCGACGUCCAUCUCCAUCUCCUCCUCCUCCACAAGGCGCCCCCUUUCCAGGAUUCUCCUCUCCCCCGAUCGCCGAUAAAACGGAAAGCAAAGCAGUGGAUCGGACGUCACCAAAAAGAUCGGUGGGGAGACGAGAAAGAAAGAAGCCGUGAAAGGCGGAAAGGGGAGGAACUGAGAAAGGGGGAGGAGCAGUUUCUCCCCCCGGAGAGGCAGCUCACGGCGGCAAGCAAGCGAGGCCUUCCGCGCUGCGGCGCCUGCCCUACCGUCGAUUUCGAUUCCCUAUCAUUCCCCGGGUCGAGAUGAGGUUCUGAUGCCGGAAUCUCUCUCUGCUUUUCCGGCUAUUUUACCGCCUGGGGUACCACGUUGAUCCGGCGUGGUUUCCAGUUCCCCACUCCCUGAAUUGGGUGGCCACUGCUUCGAAUCAAGGCUUCCCUCCACUGUCUUGCUGAAUUGUUUCCAGUUCAAUUUGGGCGGGCUCGCCGUUUCUUGCAGGAGGUCGUUGCCCUUUCUCUAAUACUGCCGGGUUCUACUGUGUUCAGUGGUGAGGUCUGCUGCCCUGCGAGUUAGUUUCAUCUUUGAUCCAUCAGUUUGCUUCCUCAAUCUCUGAUCAGUAAUCCAGUUCUUACAGCCUCAAACAGCAUCCUCGCAGAACCGAAUUCUUGAUUCCUUCAUCUUUCUCUUUUACUUUUGGGCAUCUCUCCCGUGCAACUUGUCCAUUGACCACAGGAGGGGGGAAAUUGGUUCGUGGCACAUUCUCUGUCACAAUGGACGAUGGAGCUGACCUCCCCUGCCAAUUGCUCUUCUCCCACCCGGAGGUGCCCGAUAGCUUCGACGAGCUCCUGAACAGCGCCACAACCACCUGCACCCACACGCACAGCUGCAACCCUCCCGGCCCGUCGGCCCCCAUGCACACCCACACGUGCCUCCACACGCACACCCAGGUCCUCGCCGGCGGCGCCGACGACGACGACGCCAGGGAGGAUGACCCGGCCAAGCCACGGAAGCCGCUGGGGAACAGGGUGGCCGUGCGCAAGUACCGGGAGAAGAAGAAGGCGCACGCUGCCUUCUUGGAGGAGGAGGUCAAGAAGCUCCGAGCCGCCAACCAGCAGCUCCUGAGGAGGGUGCAGGACCAUGCCGUGCUGGAGGCGGAGGUGGUGAGGCUCAGGACCCUCCUCCUCGAUGUCCGGGGCAAGAUCGACGCCGAGGUCGGCGCGUUCCCUUUCCAGAACCCGUGCAGUGUUGGCUCUGUGGUGUCUGCUGAUCCAGCUCUGUGCUUCAAUGGCAACUCUGAGGUAGCAGGGGCCUGGGAGGAGAGCUCUGUGCCGUCGGCUGCAGAUUGCAGGAUAGAUGAAGGUGGUGGCAUGUCAAGAGAAACUGAUGUUCCAGAAGGUUUGCAUCAUCCCAUGGACGUUGUUGCAAGCUUUGUGAGUUCUGAUUCUCUGGCUGAAUGAGCUUUUGCCUUAUUGGCAGUUUUGUGACCUCUGCCAGUGCCAGCUUCUUUGAUCUUAAUUGAGAGAUCAAUUCUCAUGGAAUAAGAGAAUGAGGAACUGACGAUGAGUAGAAGUGUAGAACUACCUUUGAUGUGUUAUAUGUUUCUUAUGUUGAUGUUCAGAGUGAACGGUGUACAGAGUACUUGUAUAGUAGCACUGGAAAUAUCGAAAAUGCAAAUACCUAAAGUAUUCUGCAAAAUUCUCUGCAGGCAUGUCAAUGAAGUGUUCUUGAUUUCUGAUUUGGAAUUUCUUUGUACUCAACUGAAACUCUGCUAGACUAUUUUACUGAUAAAUUGCACUGCAUAUUGUUUAGUGCAGAUGUGUUUACUAUUUUUUA